AUGUUUCUAGUCGUUGCAGAAUUGCAAUCUCAGAUUCACUGGUGGAGAAUUAUUGUAAUUUUGAUGGCGGCAGUUCCUUAUGGGAUUGAUUCUAUCACAGUUUGUGAUGCCUGUUAUUGGACUAUUGAAGAGGCGACUAAAUCUGGUGAACUUAUUCAUAAAAUUGAAACUGAGAGUCAUGAUGUUGUUGACGAAAUAGAAAUGUUUUCGCUUCAAAUCGCAAAUGCACAAGUGGAAUUUAGUGCUGCUGGGUUUUUCCCCAUAAACUACACUUUGGUAUUUUCUGUAUGUGGGUGGAAAACGGUGCCAAAAUUUUAAUUAGCUUCACCAACUUUUCAGAUAAUUGGAGGAGUUACCACAUAUAUCAUUA